CCCGCGGCUUCUUAGACAGUUCCUGCAGCUCCUGCAGCUCCUGCAGCUCCAGCUUAGGCGACGGCGACGGCGAGAAGCGCGAUUCCAACAGGACAGUAUGGCUGAGAAGCGGCAGGGAGCAGACGCCCAAGCCCGGCGGCUCCCCGACACCUUCAAAGAUAGCUCCAGUACAGGCCUUGGACCUUGUGGAUGGAUUUUGGUGGCUGUCUCAUUUUUAUUCACAGUUAUAACUUUCCCCUUAUCGAUAUGGAUGUGCAUAAAGAUCAUAAAAGAAUAUGAAAGAGCCAUCAUCUUUAGACUGGGUCGUAUUUUACAAGGAGGAGCCAAAGGACCUGGUUUGUUUUUUAUUCUGCCCUGCACUGACAACUUCAUCAAAGUGGACAUGAGAACUAUUUCAUUUGACAUUCCUCCACAGGAGAUCCUCACCAAGGAUUCAGUGACAAUUAGUGUGGAUGGUGUAGUCUAUUAUCGUGUGCAGAAUGCAACCCUGGCUGUGGCAAAUAUCACCAAUGCUGACUCAGCAACUCGUCUUUUGGCUCAGACUACUCUGAGGAAUGUUCUGGGCACCAAGAACCUUUCGCAGAUCCUCUCUGACAGAGAAGAAAUUGCACACAACAUGCAGUGUACUCUGGAUGAUGCUACUGAUGACUGGGGAAUAAAGGUGGAGCGUGUGGAAAUUAAGGACGUGAAACUACCUGUACAGCUCCAGAGAGCUAUGGCUGCAGAAGCAGAAGCAUCCCGGGAGGCCCGAGCUAAGGUCAUUGCAGCUGAGGGAGAAAUGAAUGCAUCCAGGGCUCUGAAAGAAGCCUCCAUAGUCAUCACCGAAUCCCCUGCGGCCCUGCAGCUCCGGUACCUUCAGACACUGACCACCAUUGCUGCUGAGAAAAACUCAACGAUUGUCUUCCCUCUGCCCAUAGACAUGUUGCAAGGCAUCAUGGGGGCAAAACACUGAGCCACAUAGGCCAAGGCAGAGAGAUGAGCUCUCCCCUUCCAAGAUGCAGUGGGGGACCAAAUUAGCCCUUAAUCCAUAAGGAGAGAGUAGGACAGGGAAACAUGAAUAUUCUCCCCCUUUUCCUUUUCCGUAUGCUGAGUUUGGUAUUCUUAGAAUGUAUAGUGAUGGUUGUAAAUGCAGGUGAAAGAAUUGCUACCAUGUAAAUACUGAGAGAGAGUGAUAGAUUGGUGAUUUAUAUAAAAUAAUCUCUUACUCUUUAAACAUUUAAAAGUUUUAUGGAUGUGGUAGGUUCAUUGCCUCUUCCUUGGGCUUUCAUUGAGUCAUUCAGCACCCUAUAUCAGCAGUCAGGCCAAAGGCAGGAGCAUAGCCUAUAACUACCCCCCAAUACCUCUGGCUGGAUAAAUCUUUGCAGAAAGUGAUCUCCUUAAGGGACAACCAGCUUCUCUGGGCCAUAUGUGCCUUACUACCAGAGAACCUUAACUGAAUGAAAUUUUUUUAACAUCUUUACUUUCUGAGUUUCAAAAUAAUCCUAACUUGAGAGUAGGCAUUUUCUUGCCUGCACCUGUCAGUGCUAGAGGAAAUGGUCAAGACUAAUGAAAAAGAUUACCCUAUCCCUUCAAAGACUUUUAAAUCUGCUAUUACAGAGGUUCUUUUUUAUAUAAUGUGUGCGUGGCUUUUUAAAAACUUUUUUGAGCCUCCUUUAUGAGUAAGUGAUUCUUUUUUGUGUUCUGUCUUUCAAACCAGCUAAAUACUUGUCCCAAGAGUGCUUUUUCUCACUUUGGCCUAUUUUCAUAUAUCAGGUUUUAAAUAGCUUUGAUUUUUUAAUAAAACUUUCUCUAAUUUCUAUAAACAAUUGUUUGUAUACCAAUUUGAAUAGCUUAAGGACUAAUAUGCUUUUUUAUUAUUCAGAAAACUAUUAUUUUUACUGUCUGCAUGCUAGUAACUGUUGAACACUGAAAUAUCUUGGCUAUCAAUCCCAUUCAUUAAUAUAAAGAAUUCAUAAUAUGUUGGACAUGUAAUGUCUAAUUAGCUUGGGCAGAUGCUAUCAAGCUUAAGCUAUCUAUAUAGCUUUUCCAAAUCCUCACCUAUUUUCCUAGUCAUUCUUCUUUUAUCAUUUAUAUAGAUGCUGAAAGAGGAAGUCGUCAAUCUCUUUGGAUUAGUUUCUUAAUCUAUAUUAGGAAACACCUUCCAUUUUGCAAAUGCCUGUGAAUCUGAGCAACCUGGCAUUCUUCCUGCUGGUCUGAAAGGCUAUUUGGUGACAUUUGAAAUACUUCCUUGUUGAGGCUCUAAGUUCACCUAGAGAAGUCUAAGAAUAAUGGCUUCCUUACUCAGAGCCAUCCUUCACAUUUGUCUUUAGCUGUAUCACUCUCUGUCAAUCCCAGCCUAUAAGUGUCCUCUCUCCUAUACCCCACUCCCAAGCUUAUUUUAGAAAGUGUUGAACCACCACUCUCCAUGUAUCCAGAUUCCUAGCUGAGUUUAUUAGAGGCAUAUGGACGGAGCAUUUUGACAUAGAACUCAAGUUGUAUUUAUGUUUUGAAUUCUAAAAUGAUGGAUUUUCUGUUUUGUGGGGUACUUCACAUUUGACCACUGAGGAUCAGGAAACAACCUCAUAUCCUGGUUGAAAAUCUCUUCUCAGACUUACAUCAACAAUGCUUUUGGUUCCUUGAGUUAACUAAUCAACUUUGCUUUUUUGUCUUGUGAAUUCAUAGCCCAAUAGGUGGGAAGGAAUUGCUUGGGAGGGAGGAAGUACUGAAGGAGCUCUAGAUAAGUGUUAGUGCAAGAGUUUUUUCCAGGUAACUUCCCUUUCCAAUGAUAAAUAUAAUAAAGUGUGCACUUUUACUUAU